AUAGAAGUAUUUAAAAGCUAAGAUUAAAGUGGUGAAAUAACAAGUGGUUGUAUACCAUUUUCUGUAUUUUAUGCAUUCUUAACUUUGCCAAGGUUUGAGGAGAAGUCAGAGUCUUUCCCAUGUCAUUUCUGCAGCAUUCUGUCAGAGAGAAUUGCGUGCAUAUGGUCACAAAGGAGAUUAGGAAUGUGCAAAAUUUAAACUUGCUUAUCAUGCAAAGUAGCAAAUGAACUAAGCAAAGUACAGGACAACAUAGCCCUCAACAGGUGGGCUGAAGAGUAGAGUUUAAGGUUACUACAGUGUGUAAGGUCGUGAACUUGAUAGGUGAAAUUGUACAAAAAUGCACAUACUUAGUGAAGAGAAUAUUUAAAGAAAUGGAAUAAUGGUGAGUGGUUAUUAAAUAUACAGGCAAAAAGUUUUAAAGGGAGAUAAAGAUACUUUAUAUUAAAUUAUUGUAAUUGAGCGUUUUUAAGUUGUCCUCUAAAUCAAAUAACCUUUUAACUUCAAUUAAAAAAAUACAUUAAAAAGGUUUUAUAGCAAACUCUCCAGGCUAAUGAUAAAUUGGGACAAGAUAGUUGCAACAGAUAGGGAUGUCUAAAUGAUUCUGCAGAACCUACUUUGGGUUGAGUAAAAUCUGCUAAUGGGUGCUCAGGGCUGGUACCAGCCUAGUGAGUGCCUCUGCCCUGCGCUCUUCAGAUAUCUCUGCUUUGAAAGGACUUUUUUAAUUUGAGAAAAGCAUCCUGGAUGCAGGCAGAGACUCCUCCUUAGUCCUGUUGUAUACUUAAGUCCUUGGGGAGACUUUGCCUAAAUCUAGCCCACGUGCUGUUUUAUGUGUUUAUGAUUAUUCUUUAACUCUAGUGCAGAUAUGCUGGAGAAGUUUUAGCUAAAAAUGCUAACCCUAAUUUCUCUUGGUAGGGUACCAUAAGUUACUUUGCUUAUGUUUUUUUCAUUCCAGAAAAUACUGCAUAAGUGCCUGUUGGGGGUAUGUGUAUCUAAUUCAACAAUCUUUUUAGGUCCAGAAGAGAAAGCCUUGCAACACGGAAAAAUUCUGUAGAAAUCUGAAAAUAAUUACAGUAUUAAAGGUGGUGAUGUACAUUUUCUAUUCACCUGAAGAAAGUUUGAGAGAUGUUCUUUCAUGCCAGAAGUUCCUGGAAGUGAAAAUAACUGAUGAUGUUGGAUGCCAGAUCUUAGAGUUAUUAAAACAAAAUAUACUGAUGCUAGGUUCUGCUUUUUCUCUGUGCAGUGUAAAAGCAAUGCAAGGUCUCAUAACACUUCAGUAUAUUUGGAGGCAAGACACAGUAUUUUCUGGGAAUUAUGGUAUCAGAACUGGCUCUGUGCUUUAUUCAAAGGACCUGUAACUAAGUGGACCCUACUGACCUCUGAACCACAAAGGAUAAGAGUGAAAAGAAGUGGGAGAAACAUACGAAGAGAAAGGAAGUGGAUGCACUUUCAUCUGGACUUCUUUCCUGCCUUUUAUUACUAAAACUGAAUGGAAAAGAGAGACUUCCGUGCCUUUCCUCCCCCACCCUCAGGGAUGGGUGGAUUGUAAAUACAGUGUGUGCAGCUGGGAGAAUAGGCUGAACUAUGAAUCUUCAAGCUCAGCAAAAGUCUUCAAACAAAAGGACUGGGAAACGAAUUGCCUAUUUUAAUGAGCAGGAAAUAGCUGCGUCAUCAAAAGAACCACAGCAGCAGCUUAAGGAAGGACAGUACUAUGGUCAUGGAGGGAAUAUACCGGUCUCCCAAACUAUGGAGAUUUCUCAUGCAGGAGCAUUAACAAAUGCCCCCAACAAUGUUGCUCUGAUGAACUCUGUUUACAGUCAAGAUAGGGGAGAAUCAAUGAUGAUGUCCCAGACGGUAACAGCUGUCAAAUGGCAGAAUUCACUAAUGGGAAACCGGCUGCCAGAGAGGGGUGACAGCCACUGGCAGUCUCCACCUUCGAUGUGGAACCACAGUAUGGUUUUUGGGGGCAACCCAAAAGGACCCCACUCCAAUGCUGGUGCCCCAGGCUUCUAUGGCCACCCAGAAGCCCUUAAAAGAAAUCAAGAGAAAGGAGUGUUUGUGUCACAGCUGGACUUGUAUGGAGAUGCUGUCCAGCAGAUGAUGUCCCAGAAGGCUCAGCUGGAGCAGCAAGCCCUGGUUAGACAGCAAGCUCAGAUAAAUUCUUUUCAUCAGAUGCAGAAACAGCAGCAGCAGAAUCAAAGUCUGCCGUUACAGCCUUUCCAACUUGCGUUUGGUCACCAAGGCCAAAAGCAGGGUCUUCCUGAAUUGUUACAUGUCUUUCAAGAAGCCCCAGCUUCUUCCAGUCCAGCAUUUACUGCUCAACAAAAACAGCAAGCUCUUCCCCAGCUACAACUGUUUGAAAAUUUCUAUCCUCAACAGCAGCAGCAGCAGGUGGCUGCCACACAAGCCUUCAGUCUGCAGCAAACUACUUCCAUAGCACAGCCUCAUGUGGCAGCUGCAGCACCUCAGCAUCACAUGAUGGCACACCAGUUUCAGCAAACAGAGAGGAACCAGGAACUAUUCAAGGCUCUAACAGAGCAGAACCAACAGACUGUGCUACCUCAGACCCAGAUUCCUUUUCCAAGAAGGUCACGGAGACUCUCCAAAGAAGGUGUCCCGCUGACAUCUGCAGGAGAAGUGUUGGCUUCCAAGCAGGCAGAAGAACAACCUAGCAAUUUAUUUCUGCAUCACUGGCAAACACAUCAGCAAGAGGUCCCAUUACAGCAGCCGCCUGAAUCACUGGCCCACAACAAAAGUAGCUAUUCGCACCCCAAGAGAAUGGAUCUGGGGCAGAAGGAUGUCCUGGUCAAGAGUGAGCUGUGCCAGGUGGAAAUAGACAGGCAAGCCACAGCCCAGAAUGGUAGAGAUGGGGAGAAACAGGCAGAAGCAGUUGAAGAAAACACUCAGAGAACUAAUGAUUUUCAGGGUGUCAGAGGUGGCGUAAUCCAGAGUACACGACGGAGACGGCGUGUUUCUCAAGAAGCCAAUUUGCUAACUUUGGCCCAAAAAGCUGUUGAGCUGGCUUCUCUUCAGAAUGUAAAGGAACUGGAUACUUCAGAGGAGAAGAAGAGUGUGCUGAUAGCACCAGGACCUACAGCUGCAAAAAGUGUUGUGGAAUUUGCCAGUUCUUCACCAGCUCCCAAAAGAGCCCGGGAGGAUAACAGCCUCGUGCCUCUUAUCAUUCCUGUGUCUGUGCCAGUGAGAAAAAUUGACUUGCAGAGCCUUGGAAAGGAAAAGUCUGAGGAUGGAAAGCUCCAGAGAGGCCAAACAAAUGAUCGAGCUCCUUGUGAACGCAAGCCUUCUGUGAUAGUCACUCGGAGGCGAUCUAAUCGUAGUACUAAUGUGGAAACCUCAAAUCAGCACGAAGAUGCUGUUCCAAAGGAUGAAGCAGAGGGCUUUGCCCGGAAACCAAAGCAGCGGCCAAGACCUGAGCCACUCUUCAUACCACCAAAAGCUGGCACCUUUAUUGCACCACCUGUUUAUUCUAACAUUACUCCGUAUCAGAGCCACUUACGGUCACCUGUCCGUCUGGCAGAUCAUCCUUCAGAUAGGAACUUUGAGCUACCUCCUUACACUCCUCCGCCAAUUCUUAGUCCAGUGAGAGAAGGAUCUGGACUAUAUUUUAAUGCUAUCCUCUCUUCAAGUGGUCAUUCAGUUCCACCUCCAAUGACUCCUAAAAGUGCUCACAGAACUCUGCUUAGAUCAAAUAGUUCAGAAGUUACCCCUCCUGUUCUUACAGUAGUGGGGGAAGCCACCCCGGUCAGCAUUGAACCGCGAAUUAAUGUAGGAACUCGCUUUCAAGCAGAAAUCCCAUCACUCCAAGACAGAUCUCUGGCAGCAGUUGAUGAACAUAAAGCAGAGCUGGUGUGGCAGCCGUGGGGUGACCUGGAAACCAACAAAGUCACCCAAGAGAAUGUGGAAAACCUGCUAGCUGCUGCCUGUUCAAGCAUUUUUCCUGGGGCUGGAACCAACCAGGAGCUGGCGCUGCAUUUCUUACAUGAGGCAAAGGGAAGCAUUCUGGGAGCUUUGACCAAACUGCUAUUGAAGACACCAGUACGACCGCCUACCCACCCUUUGGCAGAUUAUCACUACACAGGAUCAGACAAGUGGAAAGUUGCUGAAAAAAAACUUUUCAACAAAGGCAUUGCAAUCUACAAGAAAGACUUUUUCUUGGUCCAAAAGCUUAUAAAAACCAAAACAGUGGCUCAGUGUGUGGAAUUCUACUACACAUACAAGAAACAGGUGAAAAUUGGUCGAAAUGGGACCUUAAUCUUUGGGGACAUUGAUGUUGCUAAUGAGAGAUCUAUGAAAGAUGAAGCUGAAGUUGACAUCAAGAGUUCCCAUAGGUUUGCACGUGUUCUUCCUCCCAGAAGGGACAUUUACAGUGAAGAACAGGGGCAUGUGGAGGAGGAGGAAGAGGAGGAAGAAGAGGAGGCAGAGGAAGGGUUGGAUAACAGAAGGAAGAGCACAGUUCCUCUCAAAGAUGAACAGACACUACAAGAUGAUGUAAUAGCCAGUGAUGCCAAUAUGAGGAAUCAAGAGGCAACUCUCACAGGCAGAAUUGGAAGGAAGCCAAGGGAGACAACAGUGAAGCCUCGAAAGCAUAUUACUGCUCCAGUGCAGAGGAGGCGGCGGAAACAGAAGAUAAAAUCAGAUGCUACCAGUAAAACUCAGAACACAGAAAACACAUUUCCAUGUAAAAAAUGUGGCAGGGUAUUCUACAAGGUGAAGAGCCGCAGUGCUCACAUGAAAAGCCACGCAGAGCAGGAAAAGAAGGCGGCCGCACUGAAGCAGCAAGAGAAGGAGGCGGCAGCAGCAGCAGCAGCAGCAGCCCACAGCCAGGCCCGGCAGGAAGAGAGCAGUGAGAGUGGGAGCAGCAGCAGUGGAGGCAGCAGUGCAAGCUCAGAUGAAGAUGGAGAAAUAUAGUAGCAGACCAGAAGUGGAGGGAGUAGCAAGGCUGGACCCAACCUCCCUCUUGGUGGUCUCACUUUUUUUGCUUGCACUUUUCUUACCUGAACCAUCAGGUCUCAGUUUCAGUGCUGCCAUUUCCUCAUGCCACAUGUUCCACUUCACCUUGCCAGUACAGACCAAGCUGGAAUGGUGGAUGAAAAGAUUUGUUUCAACUUGGAUUUUUUU